GAGGUGCGGAGCCGCCGUGGCGCCCCCUCAGUCACACGACGAACGUCGCCGGCGAAUAUCCGAACCGACGACGACAAAUACACGAAUCCCCAUUAAAUUUUCUCGAGAGAGUGAGAGAGAGAAAAGAUAAGGGCAUAGAUAAAACGAUAGGUGAAGGCGUGCGACGGUUUAUUACAAAAGUUCAAACUUUUUCGACUUGUAUUCCAUUGAGAGUAUAGUGCAAAAGGUCCCGGGUAGUUUUAGCCCGCGCGAUGGUGUCACAGUGAUUGGGGUGCCGACGAUGACCACGGAGGAUGACGCGCGGCGCGUAGCUGAGGCGGCCGUUGAGGCGCCGUUAGAUCUGCGCGGGGGCGCGCCAGCACCCGGCGACGACAAGAAGAAGAGAACCGCAGGCCAGCAGCUUAUCAAACCACCCUAUUCUUAUAUCGCACUCAUCACCAUGGCUAUUUUACAAUCACCGCAAAAGAAGUUAACGCUUAGCGGCAUCUGCGAGUUUAUUAUGACCAGGUUUCAAUACUACAGAGAUAAAUUUCCUGCUUGGCAAAAUUCCAUAAGGCAUAAUUUGUCACUAAAUGAUUGUUUCAUCAAGAUUCCUAGGGAACCGGGAAAUCCAGGUAAAGGAAAUUAUUGGACAUUAGAUCCCUUAGCAGAAGACAUGUUUGAUAACGGUAGCUUUUUACGUCGUCGAAAACGUUAUAAAAGACCCUCAACGAACGUUCUUCUUCGAGACCACCACGCCUCUUCAAUGGUAGCCUCCUUCCUCAACCAAGACAACUACGGUUUAUUCGCCCAUCCGAAUCUUCACGGACCUUACGGUUACGUCCCUUCCAUACCAAAUACAGCUCUCCCAUUAAUUUCCCCCAUGGAUUUAUCCCGAUUCGGUCUCGGUCCUUUAGCCGCCGCCACCAUGGGAUUAACCCAACCGACCAUUUGUAAACCCGUUCCGGUUACACCAACAACGGUUACCGCCGGUCUACAAGCUUCAUUACCUUCUCCGGAUAGUAUUGAUUUCGCCACGGAGAUCCAAAACAAGAAAACAAAGAGUGAGUUUUCCAUAGAAAGUCUUAUUGGCAAACAAACGAAUCAUCAUCAUCAUGACGGUAGCAAUGUAGGCAAUAAUAAAUGUUCGACGGAAUUUAUUUUCGGUCGCGUUCAUCAAGGUAACGUUAGGGAUCAAAUGUCAACUGCUUUUGGUAUGUCACCCUCGGAGGAUUGGACGAGGUGAAAGUUAUCGGUUUUACCAUUUUAUUGCGAUUAAAACAAGUUUUUUGACUCAAAUCGUUUCCUUGAUCUAAUCAUUUUAUAUGGAAAUCUUGUGUGCUCAAUUAUUAUCUUGUUUUGAAAACAAUUUUAAUUUUAAAUAUUGUAAAUACAUUAAAAAAUGGAGUCACGUGAUGUUUAGUUGCAAUAUUUGUCGUUCGCCGAAGUAAUUGAAACAAAAAGGAAUCUUUAGUGUUUAAAAAAAUACCGUACUGUACAUAUAAAUAUUGGGUGUUCAAAAAUUAUUGCGAAAAAAAUAUAAAUACAGUAAAAUCUUGAUAUAACGGAUUAUAUUAAUCUAUCCACACCGUUGCGGAUAGUCUAACUGCCUUUAUAUUUAUACCAACGAUGGUAGAAUCUAAGAGGAUUGCUACAUCUCGGGAAAGGGUGUAUAGAUCGAAGGCCCGUUCGUGACGUCACGCAUGGGUAGGCAACUACUAUUUCACAUUUUAAAUUAGCAAAUGCUUAAUUUAUUCUAUAUGUGUUUUGUAAUGUUGUUAG